AACAAUACCCUUCUCCCCCUCUGUCCUCUUUGAUCUACUUCCGAUCGUCUCAAAGGAACCCUAAAUUCCAUUUUGUAAAACCCAAAUUUCACUCUGCAAUUCUCCAUUUUUUUCCCCGGGUGUAAACCCAGUAAUGGUAUUCAUGUUCAAUUUAUGGAGUUUCAGUAGAAAAAAAACAAAAUUCGCUCAGUCAUGAAGUUUGAAGAUUAUUUUUCUGUCUCCAAUGUAAUUAGCAGCAACAUAAUGGACUUUUCUGCAGCCAGCCCUGGACCAGUUGAUGAAUCUGUUUUGUAUGAUCAAGAUAAGCACGUCUCGGCUGCAGUUUGGGAGGGACAGGAACGGGGCGCACUUAGAUGUCAUGAACAUACUUCAAAGCUUGACCGCUGGAUGCUCACCGAGAAACAAAUUGAAUUAGUCAAGAAAGCUGGAUUUGGCUACUUGAGAUUAAUACCCGCAAUCAGUCUUGAUAACCCACUUAUAUCUGCUCUAGUUGAGAGAUGGAGAAGGGAAACAAACACAUUUCAUUUGACUGUUGGGGAAAUGACAGUGACUCUUGAAGACGUUGCUUACUUGCUUGGGCUUCCAAUCGACGGUGAACCUGUUAUUGGUGUAACAUAUACAGCAUGCGAUGCACUAUGUGUCAAGUAUCUGGGGAGAGUACCAGAUUCUGGGUAUGCAAGUGGUGGAAUGGUGAAGCUUAGUUGGCUGAAAGAGACCUUCUCCCAUUGUCCCGAGAACGCAUCAAUAGAAGAUGCUGAGUUUCAUACUCGUGCUUACCUUUUAUACCUUGUUGGUAGUACAAUUUUUUCCACCACCACUGGUAAUAAAGUUCCUGUCAUGUACCUUCCAUUGUUUGAGAAUUUCGAUGGAGCUGGUAAGUAUGCAUGGGGUGCAGCAGCAUUAUCCUUCUUGUACAGAGCACUAGGGAAUGCCUCCCUCAGAUCUCAAAGCACAAUUAGUGGCUGUUUAACACUGCUACAGUGCUGGAGUUACUAUCAUCUGAACAUCGGUCGACCCAAACUUCAUCACGACCCAAUCCAUGAAUGUUUUCCAUUUGUCCUUAGGUGGAAAGGGAAACAUAGUGGUCCAACAUCAAAUCGUGAUGUUGCCUUCUAUCGUAAAGCUUUGGAUUCAUUACAACCUUCUGAUGUCGACUGGUGUCCUUACAUAAACAUCAGUCACACGGUUAUACCAGAGUUUAUUUUAAAUCAACUCAUUCUUGGAAGAUCAAAGACAAUGUUGAUUUGUUUUGACAAGGCAGAAAGACACCUUCCAGAUCGCUGCUUAAGGCAGUUUGGCAUGCAUCAAACUAUCCCAGAAGAAGUCCAGAGAUGGGAAAGGAAGACUCGUGGAGUUGAUGGUGGGGUAGAUCUAUCAGGGAAAAUGGAAUCAGAACUUAACGAAUGGUCAUAUCGUCGUUUUCAUAUUGUGGAGGCUGAAGAAGAUCUGGAUGAAAGUGAAUACAAGCACUGGUACUUGAAAGUUACGCGCAAAUUUGUAGGCAGGCCUGUACCCUUCUCAUCUGAGUUUCAGAGAAUGAAUGCUGCAUUGAGGGACAUUUCACAUCUAGCAGACACCAUCUCGACUCAUGGGAUGGAUGAUCUACAGGUACAGUCAGUGGCAAGAAUCAGGUAUAUUGCACACGAAUGUUUGAGAGACCAUGCCAGAAGCUCGACAGUUGUCAUAGCGGAUCCACAAAAUGAUGUUGGGAAAAGGAUAAGAGGGAAGGAAAGAGUUAGGAGGAGGGAAAUGGGUAAACGUAGACGGAAAGAUGAGCCUGAGCAAUAUUAUGCAGUUAAUAUGAACGUCCAUUCCCAGUUAUAUGAUGAUGAUCAUGCACAUUUAUAUCAUGUGGAUGGUGAUGUCGAUAAUCAUCAAGAUCUACCCAUUCUGGCUAAUGCAGGAGAUAAUGGAGAGCUGUCUCCUAUGGCUCGGGCAGUUGAUGGAGGACAGCUUUGUGAUGUAACUGACAACGUUGAUUGUGACAUAACAGGCGGGGUUGAUGAAUUGCCUUCAGAUCAUGUGGCUGAAGAAGCUGAUAGCAAGAUUUCUUGUCGCUCAGAUGAAAAACUGCCGCCUGGUUCCCAUGGUACUUUUGAUGUCGCACCCCAGUCUACCCUCAAUAACAGUGAGGACGUUGCCCUGCAGAAUGAUUACAAUGUUUUGGCUUAGAGAAGAGAGUUGAAAACUUCAACUUUGAAUUGUAUAUAAUUUAGAUUCUAGGUUACUAGCGAUGAGAAUCUUGUUCUAGUUUUGAACUAUUUGUCUAUCUAUUGUAGAGUGGGGAAAAAAAAAUGCUUCCAAAGUUAUUUGAA